CAUGGCGGUCGUGCAUUAGUCCAGCGCAACAUUUGGUUCUUUUUAAACAUAAAAAUCUAUAGAAACUCGGGUUGAUUCCGACUGAACGGGAAAUAUAAAGCUUUAUCUGAGUGCUUGGUUGAUCAGUCGCAGACACAGAGUUCAGGUUCAGGUGCGUUUGGCUCGGGACUCGAUCUCACGGCUCCUGUUCCGGAUCAGAGCCGGUUUGUGCGGCGCUUUCCCGACUUCGCCACAGAGAAAGAAGCUGACAGUCUCCGCAGGAUUGAGUUGCAUAAAAUAAUGAAAAUGUUUUUUGUGGAAAAAAUGGAGCAGUUCUGACAAAAGAUGCAAACUUCACAGCCAACGGACGCCUCCUCAGCUCUAUGUGCCUCCUCUUCAGCUCCAGGGGCUUCCUCCUCAGCUCCAGAGCCAGAAUCUGCUCCUGAUGCAUCUUUGGAACUCUCUCCCAGUUUACGAGGAAGACAGCGCAAGAAAAAUCCCAAAUACUUAGACUACCAAGUGAGUGAAAUAUACGACGGACAAACUCCAGCCGCAAACCGAUCCCGAAGGUCGACGGCAAAAGUCCAGUCACAUGGAGUUACAGAAGGAGAAGGGGAGGGAGAGGAGGUAGAGAAGGAGGAAGAGGUGCCCAAGAAAACACCCAAAAAGAGAGGGAGGAAACCGGGGUGGAAAAAGACCUCAGGAAGACCCAGAGGAGUGGAUCAGGGGCAAAAUGGAGAAGGAGUGGGUGAUGAGAUGCCGAAGCCCAAAAGGAAGUACACAAAGAGGAAGAGAGAAGAGGAGGGGAGAGAACAAGAGGAGGAGACAUUAGGAGCAGAGGAGGAGCAGCAGGAGGAGGAGGAGACGACAGGAGCACGGCCCAAAAGAGGAGCAGCACGGGCGGCUCUGAAGUACCUCCAGAAACUUGCCAAAGACCUCCAACCCAACAACGAGCUGCCAAAUGAGGUCAAUGGAGACUGUGAGGCCCCCCUAAGACAACCAGCUCAGAGAGCUGGAACUCCCAGAGGCCCCCGAGGUCUUGGCCGUAAGAGUAAGCGUGUAUUAAACAGUGAUGCAGAGGAAGACGAAGAUUUUGUGCCAAACACUGAAGAUGCAGAGGAAGAAGAUGCAGAGGAAGCUCUGAUGGAGGAAGAGGAGGAGGGGGAAAUGCCCAAGGAGAGGGAGAGGUCCACCACAACACGAAACGGGUUCGGAGGCCAAAGAGUGAAUGGACUUCCCCAAGUGACUCUCAGCUCCAUCACUGUCUCAACUCAGAUCACCAAAAAGUUUCGUCAGGAAUGCCAUAGUUCCUGGGUGUUUCCGGACUGGAUUCCCUCCUCCACAGACUGGCAGCUCCUUCACUUGAGUGAGGUGGAGCAGUACCUGCCUGAGGAGCAGCAGUCUGUUCUGUUCUCUGUGUCUAGGGAGGGGCUGAUGAAAGAGGAGCCACAGAGACUGCCCAGAUUUUCCUCACUGCCCUCUCACUUCAAACGUUGGGACUCGGUGUUCUUCUGUGGAGGUCCGGUCUGGUCCCUGGAAUGGUGUCCAACUCCAGAGCACUCCACAACAGAUCAGUAUCUGGCUCUGUCCUGUCACAGAACCAUGGAUGAGCAGCACCAGGUCAGCCAGGUCUACAGUGGCCCGGGGCUAGUCCAAAUCUGGGGCCUGGGGAAUCUCAAGUAUGACCAAAGACCGGAGUCCCAGCCUGCUCUGGUCUACAGUUUGGCCCAGGACCGAGGCUUCAUCUGGGGACUUAAGUGGUGUCCGGCCGGGGCCUGGGAGCCGCCACAUACUGACAGACAGGCUCCACUGGUGCCCAGACUGGGUCUACUGGCUGUGGCCUCUUCUCUGGGGUUAGUGACGGUCUACAGCCUGCCUCAUCCACAGGCUCUAAUCAGCUCUCAUCAGACAGAUGGCGGUGAUGCUUUGACUCCAGUCUUUAAGGCUAAACCUUUGGUGACCUUGAGGCUGGGCUCGUUCAAAGCUCCUCGUCUCUCUGACAGUGGACAGGUCCUGAGUCUGGACUGGCUCCAACACAAACCCCACAACCUCAUCACCAUCGGCUUCUAUGAUGGUCAUGUGGGGGUGUGGGACCUGCUCACUCGCUCGUCCCUGCUCCGGGUCAGAGAGGCUGAUGGCUCCAUGACACUUUUACCCUUCGAAUGUUUCCUCGCUCACGACCAUCCAGUACGACAUGUGUCCUUCUACCCUGCCUCCAGAUCCCUGUUGGUGACUGCUGGAGAGGAUCGCUUCAUUAAGACCUGGGACCUGUUGCGUCUGUUUGAGCCAGUGACGCAGCAGAAGAGGAACUUAAACACAGAGAUCUGCUGGCCUCUGUUUGCACCGGGCCUGUUGGUGAGCGAGGAGGUGGCCUAUGCAGCAUACACAACACACGGAGUGCAUUUCUACGACCAUCAUAUGACGGCACUGUUCCCUAUCCCCCGCUCUGGGACCAUGUGGUCCAUGGCGUACUCCGAUUGGCUGAACUUCGUAGUGUCUGGAGACACUGUGGGGGAGAUGGUUCUGUGCACUUUGCCUCUGCUCACGCUACAGUCGCCCAACUGCAAACGCACCAUUGAGAGGAGAUUCCCAAUUCAGUUUUCCUCGCUGGUGCCUCUAACAAAGAUUGAGGAAGAACCCUCACUGGAAGUGCCUCAGACGGAGUCCGCAGAAGGGGAUGGGACAGGAAGUGGAUGUGUAGAGAAUGUGGACCACAGUGCCCCCAAACCAUACAGGCUGGACACGUACCGAGAUGCAGCUCAGAAAUACAGUCUGCUCCUGACCGACUUCAACCUGUGUUCGGUGUUGGACUUUGAGCGGCGCCCCAUGUGGAAGAAGAUGAGAUCUGUGGAGUCUAAAGGCUCUCUGAGACUGGACGAGUUUCCCCUCUCUGCUUUGCACAAGGUGCGGUUCAGCCCAAACUUCUCAUCAUACACGUGGUUGGCCUCCGGGGGGCAGAGCGGUCUUGUGCGGCUGUUAUGCAUACGGUGUGCAAAUUUCAAACCCAGGUCUGAUCCAGAGGAGGCUGUCCCAGAAAUGAGCUCCAAGCCUGGGCACGGCAACCAGGCACCUCCCCUAUAGCCUUGGAGCAUUAAAGGGCUUAUUUAUUAAUAGUGUUUUCAAAGCAGUUUGGAGAACCAGACAGGAGCAGGGACUAAACUGGGACUAAAGUGCGACUAAAUCAGGACUAAACCAAGUCUAAAGCAGGACUAAAUUGGGACUAAGACAAUACUACAGCAG